AUGAAGCAACUAGGGCGCAAUUUGCAUGAGAUACUCAGACGAGAACACCUGAAAUAUGAGAUGUCUCGCGCCCAGCAGGAUGUUCGCCUGGAGGAGUUACAGCACAUCAAGGCUGCCGUUCAACAUGUUGAGUGUCCAAUAACGAUGGUAAACCCUUGCUGCGUCCCUGGCUGUGAUGGCACAUGCAUGCAAGCCAAGAGCAUUCAUCCCACUGAUAUUAAUCCGCGGGCGAGUCUAGCGCCAUGGACGACUUCGUGGCAAGGCUCUAAUAUCGAGGAAGAGACGACCGAAAAGAUGAUCGUGGAUAUCACUGAAAAGAAUAUCAACUUGAAGAACAGUUGGCGAUGCUCUAUCAAAGCGGAGGUCGAUGUUGGAGGUAGAAUUGCGCCAGAAAGAUGCAACCGAUGGGUAAACGAGAACCCAGCCAUUAUCGCAGGGCUUCCAAUUCCUCUUCAGUUUUGGGUCACUUCCACGAAGGACUUAAACGGAUGCUCAAAUGCCAUAUACAACCGUCAUGAUGAUGGAACACUUGCAAGUCUCGAUACAUGGUCUUGUUUCAAGCUUAAAGAAGCAAUUAGCAAGAAUGAAUAUGUGUGGCAUCAAAUGACGAUGUUCAUCAGAUGGAGACCGAAAGAACAAAAUACGUUUAUCCUUUGUUCAGACCUCUCUGAAACGUUGCAAGAGGCAUUGAACCGUCGCAUUUCUGGCAUCGACCCAAGUGACCCGUAUACUUGGCAUGCUGUUUUUUUAGACGAACUUAGGGAGUGCUACGAUGAUUGUGUUUGGAAACUCAGAUAUCUAGUCCGUGAAGCUGAAAAGUUUCGAGAUGUGUAUCAACCCAUGGGGCCCGAUUUCCCAAAACUGCACGAUAUUGCAAGACAUGUGAUCCACUCAAAUGAGACUCUUGACGUCGCAAUAGAGACAAUUGACAGCAUUCUUCACGAACAUGAGCUACUUAUCUCACGUGAAGGAAGUACUGGCUCUCACCAAAUACAAAAAAUAAAUGCAGAGGAUGUUACACGACGAUUGUACUAUCAUUCCAGGGAAAUUCGUGCUAUUAAAGCACGAUCCGCAUCGCUAUAUGAUCGACUACAGAAUGAAAUUAACCUGGGAUUCAACCUCGUCUCACAAACUGACACAGCCGCAAUGAAAAUCAUAUCCGCGGUAGGCUUGGUUUUCCUCCCUGGAACAUUCAUAUCAACACUGUUUGGUAUGAACUUCUUUAAUUUCUCCGUUGAUGAAAAUACGGGGAAACAAACAUUUGCCAUGUCACAUAAAUUCUGGAUUUACUGGGCGAUAUCGCUUCCGGUAACCGCAGCAGUGAUACUGGCUUGGGUCAUUUAUGAUCGCUCUUACUUGAUAACCGAAACUCUCCAACCACUGUUGGUAAAGUACAUGGAGAAAUUUUACUCGUUGUUUAGAAGGAGAAAAGUUAAACAGGUUAAUUCAAGUUCGCCAUCGUAA